ACCGAGCUGCAAAGCUGCGCGACGGUCACAGCAUUAAGUCAGUGUCUCCACCACGGUCCCAGUCGGCGGAGGUUUCUUUCCAUUACUGCGCUGCCGUUUGCAAACACAACAAUUCGUCUCACUGUUGAAGCCACCGAGCCGAACCACCAGCAAAAGCAGCCGACAGACAGCGGCGAACAGACAGACCGAGUGCGUGCGUGACCGAGUGCGUGGUUUGUUGGAAGUCAGAGGCCAGCGUGCAGUCACUUGCCCUGGCGAGGACAAUUUUGGGCGAGGGCGGUUUUUGGAAGUUUCUUUUCCGGUGAAUCUGAAGUGUGCGUAAAGGCAGCGAGGAAAGGAAGCGCAGGGAAGCAACCGUGUAGCGAAGACACGAAUUAGAAGUAGUAGUAGAAGCAGUAGUAGUAGUGAGUUAUUCCAGCAAAUAGCAAACAAGUGGCAGGGCGAAAGUGUACCGUCAACAUGGUGAAGUUGCUGGCCUUAAUUGGCAUCCUCGCGCUAACGGUGGCAGCAGCCACGGCCGAAGUGCGAAUCAAGCGACAGGCGGAAGAAACGACCAAGAAGGAAGAGUCAUUCGAGAAAGAGCUUUGCAAAGACAAAGAUGCCGGUGAAUGGUUCCGGCUGGUAGCGGGCGAAGGCGACAACUGCCGUGACGUCAUCCAGUGCACAUCGUCGGGCCUGCAAGCCAUCCGCUGUCCUGCCGGUCUGUACUUCGACAUCGAGAAGCAGACCUGCGACUGGAAGGACGCGGUAAAGAACUGCAAGUUUAAGAACAAGGAGCGCAAGGUGAAGCCGCUGCUGAUCACGGACGAGCCACUGUGCCAGGACGGGUUCCUUGCCUGCGGCGACGGUAACUGCAUCGAGCGCGGCCUGUUCUGCAACGGCGAGAAGGACUGUAGCGACGGCUCGGACGAGAACUCCUGCGAUAUCGAGAACGACCCGAACCGUGCGCCACCGUGCGACGAGUCCGUCUGCCAGCUGCCCGAUUGCUUCUGCUCGGAGGACGGUACCACCAUCCCGGGCAGCCUGCCGGCCAAGGAUGUGCCGAUGAUGAUCACCAUCACCUUCGACGACGCGAUCAACAACAACAACAUCGACCUGUACAAGGAGAUCUUCAACGGCAAGCGCAAGAACCCGAACGGUUGCGACAUCAAGGCGACGUACUUCGUGUCGCACAAGUACACCAACUACUCGGCCGUGCAGGAGACGCACCGCAAGGGGCACGAAAUUGCCGUUCACUCUAUCACCCACAACGAUGAUGAGCGCUUCUGGUCGAACGCUACCGUGGACGACUGGGCGAAGGAGAUGGCCGGCAUGAGGAUCAUCAUCGAGAAGUACGCCAACAUUACGGACAACUCGGUCGUGGGUGUGCGUGCGCCGUACCUGCGCGUCGGUGGCAACAACCAGUUCACCAUGAUGGAGGAGCAGGCGUUCCUGUACGACUCGACGAUCACGGCGCCGCUCUCGAACCCGCCGCUCUGGCCGUACACGAUGUACUUCCGCAUGCCGCACCGCUGCCACGGCAACCUGCAGAGCUGCCCGACGCGCUCGCACGCCGUCUGGGAGAUGGUGAUGAACGAGCUGGACCGCCGGGAGGACCCGACCAACGACGAGUAUCUGCCCGGUUGCGCGAUGGUCGACUCCUGCUCGAACAUUCUGACCGGCGAUCAGUUCUACAACUUCCUCAACCACAACUUCGACCGGCACUACGACCAGAACCGCGCACCGCUCGGUCUGUACUUCCACGCCGCCUGGCUGAAGAACAAUCCCGAGUUCCUGGACGCGUUCCUCUACUGGAUCGAUGAGGUGCUGGCGAACCACAACGACGUGUACUUCGUCACCAUGACGCAGGUCAUCCAGUGGAUCCAGAACCCGAGAACGACCAACGAGGUCAAGAACUUCGAGCCGUGGAGGGAGAAGUGCGUCGUCGAGGGACAGCCCGCCUGCUGGGUGCCGCAUUCCUGCAAGCUCACCUCCAAGGAGGUCCCCGGGGAGACGAUCAACCUCCAGACGUGCGUCCGCUGCCCGAACAACUACCCGUGGGUGAACGAUCCGACCGGCGAUGGUUUCUUCUAAGCUUAGCUUAUCUUCUGCAGUAUCCUUCUUGACAAUUUUUAACAUGUUUUUUUUUUGUAGCUUUUCUCGAUGCGUCCUUAGUUUUUUGUUUUUUAGCGGAGGUCGUAAACACUCAAUUUUAGAGCAAUCAUUCUGUCUCGAUUUUAAGAGCGGGACGACUGUUCAAUGUUUCGUUUUUCAUCUUUCACUUUAUGAACAUGGGGAACUUCUUUCCGUUUCCUGAUAAUACUGUCAACGCAACCGCACUUUUCUCACUUUUCGGUGCGUUGCAGAUUUAACAUCCCGUCUUCGACCACCCCCGAGGAGCUAGCUGGGUAGGAUCUUAGCGACCUUUUGUUUUUUUUUUUUGUUUCAGCCCUACCUAGUCUCCUUUUCCCGGCUACGUCUGGUCUCGCGCCUCGUUGCCUCGCGCACUGCCGGUGGCCAGACUUAUCCUGACAAAGCCGUCCCUCGAGGCAGGGGUUGCAAGAUGGAAUCCAUUCCACAUACACACAAACAAAUGGAAUGUUGCAAACAAAAACGAAGAAGACACGCAUAAAACAAGAGUAGUAAGAGAACAACGAAUGCUGUGGAUAUUACAAUUAUGUAUUUUUUUUUGUCGUUUAUAACUUAAUUUAAUACACAAACAAGAUGGAAAAUUAAAGAAAACUCAACUGAAGUAAACAAAUGGAGAAACAAAAAUUGCAACAACAAAAACACUAUUAUUCCAGAAAACUAUCCACUCAACUCAAAACUGCACGGCAAACGACGACGAAAGUAAGAUUGACAUUUUGUACAUCCGAGGAGGCAGCGGAAUAGAAUGCAAAAAAUAACGCCUCUCCCACGGUAUGCGUGAUGAGCAGAAGGUAUCCCUCCCCCCCCCCCCCCCCCUCAACAACUUCUCUUUCCUAGCCCUCGUCUAAUAGAACUUGACGAACGGUACAAUGCUAAACACAGCGAGCUCUGCAAAUCCUGCGUUUUGCUGCUAUAACACCGAACCGUUACUAGCUUCGGUUCUGUACCGCGCUUUUCACCGACUUUCUCGCUCCACUGCUCCACACGGGAAACCUUCUCGACUCUCGAUUAAUAUGUAAAUACUGUGUAGACGCCUAGUUGUUUAAGUGAUUUCUGUGCCGUAAUAAGCGGUUCCUGUGUUUUUUUUUUGUGUGCGCGGAAUGAAAGAAUCCAGCCCUACUUUCCAAGCAAAUUGUUUCUCAUACAUGUUUCAUACGGCGGAUCGGGUUGGAGAAUCGACACCGACCGGUCGCACCGUUGCAAAAUGUUGCAAAAUUUUAGCGAUUAGAAGACAUACUCUUCGCAUAGAAAACUCCAAGAAAAUACGAAAUACAACACCUCAUUCGAGCCACAAACGAA